CACGUGCCCAGGCCCCUGGCCCCAUCAUGGCCCGUCGCUCCCAGAGCUCCUCCCAGGGAGACAACCCACUGGCACCAGGAUACCUGCCACCUCAUUACAAAGAGUAUUACCGCCUGGCAGUAGAUGCACUGGCUGAGGGCGGGCCAGAGGCCUACAGCCGCUUCCUGGCUUCUGAGGGGGCACCUGCCUUCCUGUGUCCUGAGGAACUAGACCACGUGAGCCGCCACCUGCAGCCCCCACAACAUGUUGCCCAGGAGCCCCCUGAAGGCAGCCCUCCCAACGUGGACAUGGAUGGCUCCUCGGGUACCUACUGGCCCGUGAACUCGGACCAGGCGGUGCCUGAGCUCGACCUGGGCUGGCCCCUGACCUUCGGCUUCCAGGGCACUGAAGUCACAACACUGGUGCAGCCACCGCCGCCCGACAGCCCCAGCAUCAAGGACGAGGCUCGCAGGAUGAUCCGCUCUGCCCAGCAGGUGGUGGCCGUAGUGAUGGACAUGUUCACCGACGUGGACCUUCUCAGCGAAGUGCUGGAGGCCGCUGCCCGCCGCAUCCCAGUCUACAUUCUGCUGGACGAGAUGAAUGCACAGCACUUUCUGGACAUGGCGGACAAGUGCCGUGUCAGCCUGCACCAUGUGGAUUUCUUGCGAGUGCGCACUGUGGCAGGCCCCACCUACUACUGCCGCACUGGGAAGUCCUUCAAGGGCCACGUGAAGGAGAAGUUCCUCUUGGUGGAUUGUGCCGUGGUGAUGAGUGGGAGCUACAGCUUCAUGUGGUCCUUCGAGAAGAUCCACCGCAGCCUGGCCCACGUGUUCCAGGGUGAGCUGGUCUCCAGCUUCGAUGAAGAGUUCCGCAUCCUCUUUGCACAGUCUGAGCCCCUGGUGCCCGCGGCUGGGGCGCUGGCCCGCAUGGAUGCUUAUGCCCUGGCUCCGUACUCUGGGGCUGGGCCCCUGAUGGGCGGCCAGGUGGCCGGGGCACCAACUCCUUUCUCCUUUCCCAAACGAGCACACCUCCUGUUCCCACCGGCUCGGGAAGAGAGCCUAGGCUUCCCCUCCUUCCUCGACCCUGACCGCCACUUCCUGUCAGCCUUCCGCCGGGAGGAGCCGCAGCGGAUGCCUGGGGGUGCCCUGGAGCCUCAUGCAGGGCUGCGGCCACAGUUACGACGGUGGGACACAGAGGCCGGACCAGGUGCUGAGCUCGCAGGCCCACGGGGCUUCUUCCAGGCACGGCACCUGGAGAUGGACUCCUUCAAACGGCACAGCUACGCUGCCGCAGAUGGCACCGGUGCGGUGGAGAACUUUGCUGCCGCUCGGCAGGUGUCAAGACAGACAUUCCUCAGCCAUGGUGACGACUUCCGCUUCCAGACCAGCCACUUCCACCGUGACCAGCUCUACCAGCAGCAUUACCAGUGGGACCCACAGUUUGCAUCGGUGCGCCCACAGGGCCUGUUCGAAAAGCUGCGCGCUGGCCGCCCUGGCUUCACAGAUCCGGAGGACUUCGCCUUGGGUGCCGGGCCACGCUUCCCUGAGCUUGGCCUGGAUGGACACCAGCGGCUAGACUACGUGCCAUCCAGUGAGUCGCGUGAGGUACGCCACGGCUCAGAACCGGCCUUUGGUCCCGGGUUCCAGUCAGGACCCCGCUGCCUGGAACCUGGCGGGGCCCCACGCCCCAACGUGGGCCAACGUUUCCCCUGCCAGGCAGCAGGGAGGCUGGGCCCUGAGACUGGGCUGGAGGUGGAGCCUGAACGCAGGGUUGGGCCUGAGGGGCGGGCUGGGCUAAGGCACUGGCGCCUUGCCUCCUACCUUAGCGGUUGCCAUGGAGAGGACACAGGUGAGGAGGGCCUGCCAGCGCCCAUGGAGGCUGAGGCCUAUGAAGAUGAUGUGCUGGUUUCUGGGGGCAGGGUGGCUGGUGGGGACCUGCUUCCCUCAGGCUUCCGUGUGCCCACGUCCUUCCCAGCAAAGGGCCCUGUGCCUGGCUCCAGCAGUGGUGGCGGCAGUGGCCCAGAGCGCGAGGGCCUGGAGGACGCAGGCUUGGCCAAGCAGGACUCUUUCCGCUCACGCCUGAACCCAUUGAUCCAGCGUAGCUCCCGGCUUCGCUCCUCACUCAUCUUUGCUUCGCAGGCAGAGGGUGCAGGUGGGGCUACUGUGGCCACCACUGAAAAGGUGCAGCUCCUGCACAAGGAGCAGGCAGUCGACGAGAUGCUGGGCCCUGGGGGUGAGGCCCUGCGCUCCAAUGCCUCCACUAAGGUGGCUGAGCUUCUGGAGAAGUACAAGGGCCCCGCUCGAGAUUCCAGUACAGCCAUAGUCACCUCCGCCAGCCAUAGCAAGGCUGUUGUGUCCCAGGCGUGCGGGGAGGAGGUGGCAGUGCCAGGGAACACAGGGAGUGAGCGACGCAGCCUCGAGAGCUGCCUGCUCGACCUCCGCGACUCCUUCACACAGCGGCUGCACCAGGAAGCUGAGCGGCAGCCAGGAGCUGCCACACUCACUGCCACUCAGCUGCUUGACACACUGGGCCGGAGUGGCACCGACAGGCUGCCUUCCCGCUUCCUCUUGGCCCAGAGCCUCUCUACCUCCCCUCAAGGGCGGGACAGCCCCCCAGUGGAAGCGCCCCACUCAGAGCCAAAAGGGAGCCCCACCCCAGCCUACCCCGAACAGAAGGGGAGUCCCACCCCCGGGUUUCCCACUCGAAGAGGCAGCCCAACCACAGGAUUUACUGAGCAGAAGGGGAGCCCCACCUCAGCCUACCCUGAGCGCAGGAGCAGUCCGGUGCCCCCUGUGCCAGAGCGCAGGGGAAGCCCGGUGCCCCCCGUGCCAGAGCGCAGGGGCAGCCUCACCCUUACCUUCUCUGGAGAGUCUCCUAAGACUGGGCCAGUGGAGGAGGCGCCUACUGGCCCCAUGGAGGUCCUGCGCAAGGGGUCCUUGCGCCUCAGGCAGUUGCUGAGCCCUAAGAGUGAGCGGCGCACAGAGGAUGAGGGCAGCUUCUCAGCGCCACAGGAGAACGGGCAGCCUGAGAGCCCCCAGCGGCCAUCACUGAGCCGGGGUGACAGCACAGAAGCUGCCACAGGAGAGGAGCGGGGCCCGCGGGCGCGCGUGACCUCAGCCACGGCCAAUGCCUUGUACAGCAGCAACCUGCGAGACGACACAAAAGCUAUUCUGGAGCAGAUCAGUGCCCACGGCCAGAAGCACCGUGGAGUCCCCACCCCUUCCCCCGCCCACAGCAGCCCUGAGCUAGGCCGCCCACCAGCUGCCAGCGGCCUGGCCCCUGACAUGUCCGACAAGGACAAGUGUUCGGCCAUUUUCCGCUCUGACAGUCUGGGGACACAAGGCCGACUGAGCCGCACACUGCCAGCCAGUGCAGAGGAGCGUGACCGGCUGCUGCGCCGCAUGGAGAGCAUGCGCAAGGAAAAGCGUGUCUACAGCCGCUUUGAGGUCUUCUGCAAGAAGGAGGAGGCCGGGGGCCCAGGGGGAGGAGAGGGCCCAACAGAGGAAGAUGCCAGGGACAGCAAAGUGGGCAAGUUCAUGCCCAAGAUCCUGGGUACGUUCAAAAGCAAGAAAUGA